UUCCCAGCCCAGCCCAGCCCAACCGAACCACAAAGAGAAGGCCUCGAAUGCACAGGCCGGUCCAUUACCACCCGGUGGCGCUGGCUCGACCGACCCGCGCCGGCGAUGGACAGGCACGUCCGGCGGCUGCUGAACCGCGUGGCGAUCGCCCUGGCGGCCGUGGCCACCGCCGCCCUGCUGCACCUGUUCCGCCACCCGUCCACCUCCUGCUUCGGCGGCUCGCUCGCCCGUUCCUCCCUCUCGCUGUCGAUGGCGCCCUUGCCCCGCACCUCCUGCGACGCCGCGUCCCGCCGCGUGGUCGACCCCGACCUCCGCCUGGCCAAGCUCCGGUCCUCCCCGCGCUGGCGGCGGCACAGCGCGGCCCUCUCCGCGUCGGUCAUCGAUCCGCUCCGUCGGCUGCGCCUCCUCCGCGGCUCCUCGCGCGUCCUCUGCCUCGCCGCCGGCGCGGGGCAGGCGGUCGACGCGCUCCGCGUGGCCGGCGUGGGGGACGUCACAGGCGUUGAUCUCGUCGACUUCCCUCCCCUCGUGCGCCGUGCGGACCCGCACAACCUCCCGUUCUUCGAUGACGCCUUCGACCUCUCGCUCUCCAGCGACCCGGCGGCGCUCACCGGCGCGCUCUUCCCGUCCAGGUUCGCGUCCGAGAUCGAGCGCACCGUCCGCCGUGGCGGCGCGAUCGCCAUCGCCGUAGACCGGCACGUCGACCUCUCCGUCAUCGCCUCCCUCUUCAGAAAGUCACGCCUCGUCGAUGUGAGGAAUGCUACCUUGGAUGGCUCCGCGGCCAGCAUAGUUGUCCUCAGCACCAACGCGGAGCGCCAUUGAUUCCGUUUGUUUCUUUUGCACAUAGGAUUGCUUGGUGAACUUUUGGUUGAGAUGCUUGAGUGACUCUUUCUGGAACCUGGAAGUGAUGCUCGAGUAUUCAGUAGUGGACGUGUAAGUACGACGAAGGAAUGGAGAAAAAAAAUGAAACUGCAUAUGGACAUUG